AAUAUACAAUUUACUACACUAAAUCCCAAUGUUUCGGAAAACAUUGACGACUCCUCGUUUCUAUCGGCUGGAGCUUUUGUCCAAGCUUUGGCUAAGCUUAAAUCUGAAGGAGCUUUGAAGCGUCUUUGUAAUCCGACUGAUCUCGUGAUAACUGCUGAUACAAUUAUUUCCUUUGAAGGUAAGAUAAUGGGGAAGCCAAAACAUCGGGCAAACGCCCUUGCGACCCUUUAUAAGCUUAAUGGAAGAAAACACGAUGUAUUUACCGGUGUAGGACUCGCGUGGUUGGAUCCUAGCACCAAUAAUUUACUGGCUUAUGACAGUUUUGUUGAAAGGACUACUGUACACAUGGGGAAAUUUGACGAACGGUUGAUAGAAGCGUAUGUGAAUACCGAAGAGCCUAUGGGAAAAGCGGGCAGUUACGAUUAUCAGGGUAUUGGUAUGAGCCUAAUCGAGCGGAUCGAAGGCGACUACUUUAACGCCCUUGGCUUGCCGGUGUUUAGACUUUGCCAGUACGUGUGCCGGCGUAGGUGCCUUUCGUUAGUUGGUCACAACAACUCCUCCAAGAGGCAACUUAAUUAA